AUGGAGCGAAUGGCUGAGUUCAUGAUGGCUCAGCAAGUUCAGAACCAGAAUCAGGGACAGCCACGGGUCGAUAUCGCUAAGUCUAUAGCAAACCGGCAACCGCCAUACUACGCCGGGGAAAAAGACCCGGUGAUCUUAGAAGAGUGGAUUCGGACGUUUGACAAGUUACUUAACGCAGUGAAUUGUCCUACGAAUCAGCGAGUGCCUUCUGCAGUGUACUACUUGACGAAAGCUGCUGACAACUGGUGGUCAACAGUUGGACCUGAUCUACUACAAGACCCAGGGUUUGGCUGGGAAGAAUUCAAGGUAGAAUUGCGAGGGCAAUUUUAUACCGAGCGUAUAAAAGGAAUCAAAUGCGAGGAGUUCCUUCGAUUGAGACAAAAGGGAGCAACAAUUCAAGAGUACCAUGACCAAUAUGUAGAACUCAUGCGUUUUGCUCAGGAAAUUGUACCUGAUGAGGCAAGCAAGGCGAGAAGAUUUGUUCGAGGGUUGGAUUGGAGCAUAAGAGGAAUGAUCGCGCCUUUCAUGUGCUCUACUUUGAAGGAAGCAUAUGACAGAGCCUCAGAUCAUUAUCAAGUAUACCUGGAUCAGCAGGAGGUGAACAUGAAUAAGGAUUCGAGAUGA